AUGGCUAUUUUCAGAAUCUACAUGCUUUUAUGCUACCUUAUACCGUUACAGAUACUGCAAUUGUUGAGCAAAGCCUUUCCGUCGUAUUUUCGAGAUUUGUAUGUUACGAGUAUGCGAAAAUUCAAUUUGGUAACGCGUUUGGUGCAACUUUACAAACCAUAUGUUCUAUUCAAGGGCAUCUUUGAUGACACUAACUCAGAGAGGCUCCGAGGAAAAGCAAGGGAGAUGAGCAGUUCUAAUGAUGAAGUGGAUUUGUUCAACUUCGAUCCAAAGUGCAUUGAUUGGAAAGACUACCUCAUCAAUAUUCACAUUCCUGGAGUCAAGAAGUUCGUCAUCAAAAAAUAAACAUUUAUAUAUAUAUUCUUCUCUUUUUUUCGUGUGUGACGAAAAAUACUAUAUUGAUCAUUAUUUCUUCCUUUUAUGUCGCAUUAUAUGUGAUAUAUAUAUAUCAACAUAUAAUUAUAUUCUAUACUA